AUGUUGAGCACCGAGGACAGCAUGCUGUGCAUCGAGAGGUUCAGGGCGGUGGAGCACGCUGAGGAGGAGCCGAUCGGCAAGGCUAAGGAGUGCAGCGGUCAGCACCACCUGGAGGGCGAGAAGGACGAGAACAAGAAGAAGCACCACCACCAUCACAACGGCGAUUACAUCGUAGACGAUGAUGGCGCCAAGAUCGAGACCCUCAUGGCCGACGUCGAGAUCAGCCUCACGGACGACGAAGUGCGAGAGAAGGCGGCCUUUGACGACUUCGUUCAGAAGAUCGACCGCGAGACCCCCAAGACCGACAUCAUCAAGAGGCGGCACGAGAAGAAGACCGAAAGGAAGGCCAGGAAGGAGAAGAAGAAGGUAGCGAAGCAGAUGAUCAUCAGCCGCGCGCUGCAGACCCCCUCAACCCCCGCCAAGCGCUUCCCGACCCUCCUCGUGCUCGAUCUCGACGGCACCCUCGUCCACAGCGAGUUCCAGCGCCGAACCUACCAGCAGCACGACUUCUCCCUCUUCAACGAAGAGAUCUUCGUCUACAAGCGACCCUACCUCGACUACUUCGUCUCCACCAUCCUCGAGUGGUUUGACGUCGCCGUCUGGACGGCCUCAGGCUGCGAGUAUGCUGCAGAGAUCGUGCGGCACGUGUUCCCGGAUCCCUCGAAGAUCUCCUUCCUCUUCUCGAGCGAGAGAUGCACUAACAAGUAUUGCCCCGCCACUGGCGAGCGUAUCGUGAUCAAAGACAUGAAGAAGGUGAAGCGAAGAGGUUACGAUCUCAAGCAGGUCCUCAUCGUCGACGACACGCCCUCCACCUGGCAGAGGAACUACGGAAACGCCGUCCAUAUUGAGUCCUACUGGGGAAGCCGCAUCGACGACCAUCUCCUUCACCUCCUCACCUACCUCGAGUACCUCGGCCACCAGGGCGACGUCAGGCGUGUGGACAAGAGGAGAUGGAGGAACCAAGUCCUUGGGUCGAUGAUCCCUGCCUCCUCCACCACGCACCCGACACAGCCCGCUGCCGAGGAUUCGGACAGCGAUUGA